AUGUACAAACUUCUGCGUGCAAGCUCCAGGCAAUCAUAUUUGUACGCUCGCGUUGUUUGCAGGCAACUAUCCAGCCUGCAGGCAGCGAAACCAAGCAAAGGCGUUGAGAUGAAGCCAAGCAAUGGUAAAUUAACGUCAGGAACAAAACCUCCUUGUCUCGGCACGUUAGCCGAUGCAGAACCCCGAUCGCCACUCCAAAGCGAAUCAUACGGUACAUACAGCAUCAAGACAUUUCUUGAAAAUGGGCGUUGCCACCCAGACUGUAUUUUGUGGUAUCGAUGGGGGAUGGAUCAAUGUCUCCAGUAG